GAGCCAACUAGCACAGCGAGGCAGCUAGGAGGGACGGGGUCGAGUGGCAGUGCACCGCUCUUGGGCGGUUUCCCGUGUUAAGUGUCUUUACUGAGGAAAAACUCGGUCUCAUUUACCGUAAAAAACCCAGUUUCGACUGUUCGUCCCUCGCUUUCUCGUGGUGCAGCAUUUGCCGGAGAUCUAACCUCCCUGUCUGCAGCGCGAAAGAAACGCCAGCAUCGAGGGUACCUGGAGAAGGGCCUGAGCGAGCACACUGCAGCUCUGGUGUUGACAGGGCAUGGCUUUUCCUCAUGUUUACACAUUUCUUGGAAGUCUCUGACCAUUCCAAGCUGCUUUCUCCGUUGUUCCUUUCUCCUUGUGUUUGGCGACUGUGUCCAGUUUUCCAGUAGAGUCCAUUCAAGGCAGCUCGGGUCACUUUUCACGUCUUUUCGCGUGCAAGUCGACUCUCUAUGGUUUCAUUGUACGCGGGCAUAAUUCACUUUGCAGAUUCCUCUCUUUGUAAGGAGAUCCGUCUUGAAAUCCACUUUCAAAGUUACUGCAGAGAGGCUUAAACUCCCCCGGCAGCCCACAACGCGAAGGCCCGUGGGGGACGGGGUGGCCAGCCGUUGUUUCCUCGAUUCUGUGAUUCUUUAGUUUCCCUGACGGGUAGUUGUUUCUGGUCAUGUUCUUCGUUUGUUAUAGACGGACGGAUCACCACUUGUGGCACCCACAUUAACUGCGAUGAGCAAUACUUUUUUUUCGUUUUUCACAUGCUUCCCUCGCUGUCAGGACAGACAGGGCUUAGCCCCUGAGGUGGCGUGUCGACUGUCGGAGCCCAGUGCGCCUUUCAAACGCCGUACGAGUGAAAGGCCGCCGUCUAGGACUCUGAGUUUGUUUCGAAGGCUGGAUCUUUUUAGGGGAAAUGAAAAGGAAUCGCAGCCUUUUCAGACGCCAUGGCACCGCCGGUAACGGGGCUUCCGCAUUCGUGCGUGAACGCCGCCAUCUUCGCCUGCAGGACAAGGCGGAACCUGCCGUUUCUCCUGUGUAAAAAGUGUUUUUUUUCUUCGGAAAACCAGUCAUGCGAGGGACAGAGAAGAGCGAACUCCUGGUGUCUAGGGCGUCGCCGCGCGUUCCACGAGAGGCAUUUUUUCGCGAAUUCCAAAGGAUGUUGCGCCUACCCCCGACGGCGAGGCGGCCCCCAGAAACGACCACCAGCGAGGGCGGGGGAGAAGGGUCUGCCGUUUCUGUCGUUUUUUCGAAGUGGAUUGAGUCAGCUCAGCGCAGCUGACUUCCCACUCGGGGAAAUUUCCUUCGUCAUGACUGCGGACGCACCCGCCGUUGCGCCCCUCGCAGAAGCAGACGAUGCCGCACAAGCCUCAGGUGCGCCACAGAAACAGGCUGUUCGCGAGGCAACUGGAUUUUUUCCAUCUUCUAACGAAGUGCCGCCGGUGGCACAUCAUGAGUUUCCGGAGGCACCUGAUCCGGCCGUGAUGGAAACGAGUCUGAACGAUCUGAUGAACGAAGAAAAUCGGGCGCAGUGGCUGCUAGGGACCUACCGAGCAGAUGCCGACGGUCUAGCCGAAGCGGCUGCAGACAAAAAGACCCAAAUUGCUGUGUUCCGAGCGACCGCUCUCCACAGACUAACCAGACAAAGGUGGCUGCUGAAACCCUUGAGGGCGAAAGUCCUUCAGAACAUCGCGAGCUUCAGCGUGGAGGAUAUUGCGAGUCUAGCUCGCUUCAUGCAUCAGGUUGGGUACCUCCGCACGGAUUUCCUGUACGCAGCUUCACCGGUGAUAGCAAAGAAUGCGCAACUUGCGUCGCCGGCAACCUGCUGUUUGCUUCUUGACGCGUUCGCGGCUCAUCGGUUUCAUCCGGAACAAGCAAUUCGAGCUUUAUGCGAUCAGUUGCGGGUCAGCAACCUCCAGGAGCUAGGUCCAGCUCAGCUGGCCAGCCUCCUUAGCAGUCUCGCUCGACUCAGUCUUAGACAGGAGGUGCUUCUAGCGAAAGCCAGCGACAGGCUGCUUUCUCUGUGGAGUCAUUCCUCGUCAGGAAAGACACCCGACGAAAUACCGGCCGCCCUUGGUACCGCAACAGGGGCAGUUGCGCUGCCAAGACGCCGGGAGACAAAACCCGAGCGGCGGUAUUCCCCCCACGAUGUCGCACAAACUGUUUACGGGUUGACGAAACUCCAGUACACCUUCCACCCGUUGACGGAGUGCGUGCUACGCAGCGUUCUGCCAGAAGUUGUUACUCGCAUGCACUCUCACCAACUCACACUCGCUGCCGUGGCGAUUCAGAGAAUGCGAGAGCAGUCUGCAGUGGCAUGUCAGUUUUCUGGGAGACUGAAAUGCAACGGACGAACGCCAGCAGAGGCAGAGGUUUCGUGCGAAAUGCAGCGCAGUUCCAGCUCCGAGGAGCAGGGGUGGGGACUCGAGCGUCUUCAGGAAAAAGCAUUUUGUCUCGUGGUGGACGAGGUUGGAAAACGCCUUCCGCAAUUCAAAGCCGAAUCGAUCUGCGUGGUUUUAAGCGCGUGUGCGGCAUUAGGGGUCAAAGAUAACUGGCUAGUUGCUCGGCUGAUUGCCCAGCUACCCCGACUUCUUCUGACUUUCUACCCCGACGACGUCGUAGUCUUGGCCGACGCUUUGUCACGCUUGGGUUUCCACAGCGGCGCUACCGUGGACCUCCUUACUCUGCAUGUCAGACAAAAUAGUCAUCUCUACAAGCAGCGCCAUCUACAAGCUCUUCUUUCAAAUUUUUCCCGGGAAGGCAUAGUUGAUUCAGAAUUCCUUCAAAUGUACGCCAGCGCAACAGAUUUCUCUCGGGUCGCGAGUCCUCAAGCGUUAAUCUCAAUUGCGUGUGCACUGGCAGACUGCGGAUUUAGGAAUUCUGUCGUUCUCAAAAACAUUUUCAACGAGGCGCUGCCCCUGUUGCCAGUGCUGUCAUUAGAUGAUCUUGCCAACGUCUACGCGGCAUUCGCUGUCCUAGGCGCUGGAAGGGACGGUAUUGGCCUCCAUGAAAUCGCAGAGCAUCUCACGCAAAGGCUACGCAGUGGAAUGCAUAACACGGAAAAGGGAGGGUUUCGCGGCGAAAUAUUACGCAUAGGCACUUCGCCGGCUUCUUCGAUAGAUUCUCGUCCAGACCCGCAAACGGGAUCAACGGACAGUGCCGCUUUCGCUUAUUCAGUCUCUCCGCAGACAAUUUCUCUCUCGGCAGCGCUGAACUUAUCUAUAUCUCUUUUACUGGAAGAGGGAGUUGGUCGCAGACGAGAUGGCCGAUUUCUCGAAAAGGAGAAGAUACUGCGUGAAAAACAUGACGAUGUGGAAUCCCUUCGUGAAUGCGGACGCACACUUUCUCCAGAUCCCUCUCUCCUGGCCACCGACAUCGCCGUUUUCUGUUUGAACAUGAGAUCCCAGUCGUCGAACGAUGCCUCCAGUGGAUCCGUUGCCCCUAAGCAGAAACCAAGCAGCGUCUUUUCUUCAUUUCCGUCAGUGGAGGAGCAGCGAAAACUGGGGCUUCUCCAUGCUGCCCUUCUUCUUCGGGUCGCGAGUGGCCAUGCACAAAAACUCGACGACCGUCUUGGUGAAAGGGUAGCAACGACGAUGCAGGCCGUCGAACUGCUGCCAAGUCUGGUUCCCUUCAUUGCCAGACAUCCAGCAGCAGUUCCUUUCCGCAUACAGUCUACAGUGUCGUGCACUUCUCCGCUACGCGUACCUCUCAGGCACGUUCACCGGCCGCUGUGGCUUGGGGACGAAGGGAGAAGAUUUCCGAAUGGCUGUGAUUUUCUAUCUUCUGCAACUGAAAGCCAGGACUUCUUAGAUGCCUAUAGAAGCGUCUCAGCUGCGAGUCCAGAGUCUUCACUGGUCGCUCACUCAGCCGGCGUGAAACCGUCGGAAGAAAGUGAAUCGGAGCUGUCGGAAGUGAAUCUGAAGAAAGGCUGUGGGGUUUACUCCCCAGUACGCGCACAGGGGCAGAAUGAAGAAACGAGGCCGAAAGGACCGUGCCCGUACAGACACGUUUGCUUCAUUGAGAGAAGCACGCGGUCGGGCUUGGCGGCGAUCCAGAGUGUUUUGAAGAAGUUUUUCGGUAUUUCUGGGACCGUUUUUGACUGUUUGUCUGAUGGGUUCCUCCCAGAAGCAAGCGACCACGUCACUCUUGCGAGGAAAUCGGGAGAACCCGACAGACAGGAAGACUCUGAGUCUCGCCUCAGCAGCGGUGGCUGUGCAUCCAGGGACGAAGAGAGAGAAACGCAAAGCAGAAGGGACGCGUCAACAAAUGGAAACAAGCUCUACUGGUGUCCAGAGAACGGUACAGGAAGCGGGUCACGGUCCAUGUUGGGACACAAUCCGUAUACGGGAUAUCUUUAUCUGGGACCGGCUGAGACACGAAAACUCGAGGUCGAGUUUGAAAGCAAGCUUGAGAGCAAGCGUGAAAGGGUUGGUACAUCCGCUUCCUCAUUGCGUUUCCGAAAUCGGAAACACCGGUUGAACGGAGAGCAAAGCGUUGCGUCCACUCAAGCAGCUUUACAUUCAGACGGUGGCACCGCUGCUCCUUGCCACCAACGACGACAUUGUGGCGUCGUUCUUCUCUGGGGAGAUGCGCAGCAUUUCUGGCACAACCAAAUAACUGAAGAAGGGCCGCAAGAGCCGUCUCGAAGCCUCAACUGGAAUCCACAAACAGCCGGGGACAGACGGAUUGACGGCUUCACUCUCUCCGUCGCUGCCGCGUUUCAGCUGCAAUGUUUUGAGAGUCUCUUUCUUGGGGUUCCACACCACGAAAUUGCAGCAAAGCUCCCAACACAAGAAACCGCGUCUGAUCUUAUUCGAGAUGCACUGGAGAAAUCACGAGAUCAAACGGAGGGCGAGUCGCGUGUCAGAGGACGGACGCGCGUGGUACUCGUUCCGCAUUUUAUAUGGAACGCCGCGGAGAACGAUACUGACCGGGCGCAGUUUCUUCUCGAGUCCAUCGUAAAUGAAGUCAAACAGUAGAAGAAAUAGAGGACAAAAAGAACCUGGUACUUUCCGCUCAGCCAUUCAUCCGCGGCGGGUGCGUACCCAUCACGCUUGUUUAAUCCUCCUGUAUUGAGCCUUUUAUUUCGUGUGUAUUUGCCCUCUUCUCCCUUGACGUGUUCAGGCUUCUCGUCUUCUGUCCCGAUUUCCUUUUCUCCCGCCCGCUCUCAUGAGCUUUGUGCGAAGAUCGCUGUACUUGUUGUUAUGUUCGUUAGUUCUCUUCCACUAACGGGGGCGUCCGAAACAAGCAAAUGUCCCCUUCCUCGCAGGUUCACCGUUAUUUGUUUUAUUGUUGUCUCGAAGACGAGGUGUCAGGGGCGUCCCCUGAUGAGCAGAUACUAGCUUAGCCGUGGGUCUAAUGCAAACAUUGAUGACUCAAAAAUCUACGCUUUGGUACUCAAACUCACAAGGGUGUACUCUGGGGAAUACAACGACGUGUAAGGAGUUCAGUUGUCAGCCUCAGGCAGGGACAGAGAAGCAGCCAGUUCUGUUAGAGUCAACCGUCGGACACACCCCAGUUUCAGCAAGGAUUCAUGUCUGUGUAUUCGAUCUGAGUCAUACAUUUUUGGUUCGCGG